AUGGGCACCAUGCAUCGUUUCAACAAUGUUUCACUGGUGUGGAUAGUUUUGAUUGCUGCAGCGACGAUCACAGGAUCAGCCGCUCAGAUUUAUCCUGAGGAAAUCACACUUAAAGCCGGCCUGAUUCCAAGCACUUCAUUUGGAGGUUUUAUGCGCGACCUAUUGGAUCGUUUAGUGGACAUUGCACUAGAAGACAAUGUAACCCUCACAGUCGAGAAGAAAACGAUCCAAGAACUAUAUGGGUCCAAUUUGGCCUUGAUUUCUCCGGAUUGCAAUCCGGGUGAAACAGUUGAGAUCAACGGAGUGACCUACAAUUGCUCGGAUUAUGACUUCAUAAUAGGCGAUUUCUGGCCAAAUCCUGAACGGUAUACGUUGGUCGAUUUUACCCCUCCUUGGCUUACAACCUCGGUAUCGACCAUGAAGUACACUGAAAAGACGAAGAAUCCAAACAUUGAUGUUACAACACUCACUGAAGCCACAAGAGCCGGAGUCCCUGUCUGUGCGCUUCAAAGCUCGUAUUCUGAGCGUUUAGUCACUAGUGCAUUUCCUGGCGUCAACAUACUUCAUUGUACUGACGAUGAUACCCCCAACGAUUGUUUGAAUUUGCUGGAGAACGAGGAUUGUCAAUUGCUUGCCUCGGACGAGCUGUACCUGAGACAUUUACAAACAAAAUAUCCACAUUUCGAAGUGACAGGGGAGCAUUUGGUUCGGCAGCUCCUGGCAUGGCCCAUGAGAAAAAGCCUGGACCCAACAAGUUCAUUUUUGCUCAAUAAGUGGAUCUAUGCAGCUAUCAGCAACCAAGUCAUCGACGAGCUGUUCUUUGAGUACUUCGAGAAGAAGCUGUGCCCCAUUGGAACUGCUGGAGCGGAUUGCGAGCUGCCAUGUGAUCCGGAUCACGGUUCUUCAAAUGCCCAGGGACAAUGUGUUUGCAAAUCGAUCCGAUGGACAGGAGACGACUGCAGCGUAGAAGUACCACAAGACCUGAACUUGAUACCUCGCGCUGUUGAGGCAAUUGCAUACAGCAUGUUUGGACUCAACGCAUUUCUCGUGCUAGUUGGUGGAAUAUGGCUACGUGUCUAUUGCGACAGCCCUGCUGUGAAGUACAGUCAACCUGGUUUCCUUGCACUAGUCCUUAUCGGUUGCUUGAUCAGCACAUCAUCCAUCCCUGCGAUGGUACAGGCAGACGAAGGAGACGGUCCCGUUCCUGCCUGCAUUGCAAUCCCAUGGCUAUACAGUGUAGGAUUCUCCAUCACGUUUGGAACACUUUUCGCCAAGAUCCGUAGAGUUUACGAAAUCUUUGCACAGGGACAUCAGAGCGUGGCGAUAAGAAAUGUUGACUCAAAUCGACGAACUUCUACAUCUUGGCAAGACACUCUUUCGACGAUUGGUAAAGUGCUUCUUUUGGACGUUGUCAUUCUUGUAUUGUGGACGAGUGUCGAUCCACUUUAUUGGAAACGAGAGAUCAUUAGACAAGAUCAGUUUGGGUUUACACUAGAAUCACAAGGGUACUGCGUAUCUGAACACUGGACAUUGUUUCUGGGAGCACUUGUCGCUCUGCAUAUUGCACUUUGUUGCAUUGCUUGUUAUAUGUGCUACGUUUCACGGAACAUCCCAAGCAGGUACAGUGAGCACAAGUAUUUGACUAUUGCGAUGGUAUCGAAUCUACAAGUGUUUGCCAUUGGAGGUACGUAUGACGGUGGAUACUGUGGAUACUUUGCUUGCUUGCAUCCAACACUGAAAAUGUCCCUCACACAACCCCGAAACACAGUUCCUGUAUUGAUCAUAACAGAAGACGACCCGGCUGCCCAUGCCUUUGUUCGAAGUGCAGUUGUUUGGAUGAAUGACUUUGUGGUGCUCGUUUUGAUCUUUGGAAACUUGAUGUAUACUGUGCACUGCUCUUCGAAAUCUCCUGCGCAGAUGACGGGAAGGGACAAACGAAAGGUGUCCGAAGCAGUAAGGAGCUUCGAACCGCGCUCUGUAGCUCCGUCCGUCAAUCGGAAAACGUCCCAAGGGCCAUCGCUUGAACGAAGCGAACGAAGCUUCAAGACCAACAAGAUCAAGUCUAUUCACGAAGUGAGUAUCGAGUCAGAUAUUGAGAACGGGUCUGCAGGCAACGCUCUUGGUAGUGGAACAAAGGGCACGUCAGGUUCUUUCUCUGCAGAAAAAGGAUCAGAGAUCGCAAUUUCCGAACUUAGCAUGAGCGGAUUCGAAGAAUCCACCCACGAAGUCAUGUCUGCAGUGGCAAUGACUCCUGCUACAAAGUCGAAAGCUAAAUCGGCAGCACGGUGGGGAUCAUCACCUAGUCCGUCAUCUCGCGACAAUGGGGAGUCGAUUAGUUCAUUUGGACCGUCGAUUCCUACACGCGGUGAGACUGUUUUUGAUCAACCAGAAGGGGAUGACGGUGUCUUGCCGUCCAGGCUGCCAAUUUCGAGUACUAAUGACGACGACGAUGGCGAUGCUGUGAAAGCUGAAGGAGAAAAGUCCCAGCAAAAUUCAAUCUUGAGCAAACAUGAAUUCCAAAAUAUGACUUUGGAUGGAGCGAUACGGCUUACUUCUAUAGCAGAACUGGAAUGGAGCGAUGAGGAAGAUAAUCUUACAAAUCAGACGCCACCCGCGAUGCUAGAAUCUUUUUCUCACGAAAGGGCGCCAGUCAUGCCCAGAAGGUUACCAGGGAUGUUAGAAUCUGUUUCGCACGAGCAAGCACCAGUCAUGCCCAGAAGGUCACCCGAGAGGUUAGAAUCUACUCCACCCGAGCAAGCGCCAGUCAUGCCUAGAAGGUUCGAGUCGGAAGUUUUGGAAGCAUAG